UAUGGUGCCGGUGCGAGUUUCAGGCGGUUUUCGAGUCAUUCAGUGCAAAUUCAGUGUGUUUUAACUUUUCUAUGCUGUCAGUUUGUGGUGGGGCUUAAAUAAAUGCACGCUCAAGAGAUAUUGAUCUUUAUAAAUUGAACAUUGGUAGCAGAGCGUGGUUACAAGAUGGCAUCUAGAGAUUUCAAAGCCCCACCACCUAUGCGUCAAGAUUUGCCAUAUUCAGAGUGGAAGCAUGAGAUCAAAGCCGUUUUAGCGAGUGACUGCUGCAGAUUGGUUCAGUACGUCAUGACUGAGGGCAGCGAGGGCGGCACUGCCACCAGCGACGAUCACCUCAUCCCUCAUGAAGUGCUCAAUCCGUUUGUGGCUCGGCUGGACGCCCUCAACUCCACAUAUGACAAAGUCAAGGUGGCGCUGAUGACCGUGUUCGUCCUGCCGUUCCGCAUCAUGGGCGUGUGCCUGUGCGUGCUCAUCGGCUGGAUGUUCGCCUGCAUCGGCCUCUACGGAAUGACCGAGGAGGAGCGAAACCAGCCGCUCAGAGGCUGGCGCAGGCGGCUGCGCGUGGUGCUGUUGCUCUGCACCCGCACCGUGUUUUUCUCGGCCGGCUUCCCGUGGGUGACGGUGCGCGGCCGGCGCGCCUCGGCGCGCGACGCGCCCAUCAUCGCCGUGGCGCCGCACUCGAGCUACUUUGACGUGCUGCCCGUGAUCGUCAUGGCGGCGCCCAGUGUGGUGGCCAAGAUCGAGACGUCGCGCGCCGCCAUGUUUGGCAAGCUGAUCGACUACACCCAGCCGGUGUACGUGUCGCGAGAAGACCCCAACUCGCGCCAGAACACCAUCCGCGAGAUCCAGCGGCGCGCUCACAGCAACGGCCAGUGGCCGCAGAUCAUGCUGUUCCCGGAGGGCACGUGCACGAACCGCUCGUGUCUGAUCCAGUUCAAGCCGGGCGCCUUUUACCCGGGCGCGCCCGUGCAGCCCGUGGUGGUGCGCUACCCGAACCGACUGGACACGGUCACAUGGACCUGGGAGGGGCCCAACGCGUGGCACAUCUUGUGGCUGACGCUGACACAGUUUGUCAGCUUCUGCGAGAUCGAGUACCUGCCUGUGUAUAUUCCCAACGAGGAGGAAAAGAAAAACCCGCGCCUCUUCGCCAACAACGUCCGCGCCAAAAUGGCUGAGGCGCUGGGCGUUCCGGUGACCGACUACACGUACGACGACUGCCGGCUGAUGAGCAAGGCGCGCUCCAAGAACCUGCCCUGCGAGACGGGCCUGGUCGAGGUGACCAAACUGAUGCACCAGCUGGGCAUCAACAUGGCCACCAUCGAGGCGGAGAUGGACAGCUUCGCGGCCAUCGCGCGCAAGACGGACGGCCUGAUCCGUCUGACCGAGUUCGCUGCCUACCUGGGCUUCCCCAGCUCCGAGCCCGGCCUCGUGGAGCUCUUCAACCUCUACGACAGGGAUCGGGACGGGGUGAUUGAUUUUCGUGAGUACCUGAUGGGCGUCAGCCUCAUCUCGCGGCCCGUCAACACUGAGGAAACGAUAGCGCUGGCCUUCCGGCUGUUCGACGCCGGCGGCAAGGGUCACGUGACGCAGCGUGACGUCACCAAGGCGCUGGCCACCACGCUCAACAUGACCGACCAGGAGAGCAGCCGACUCUUCAGCCAGGUGGAGAAGGCCAACGCUGACUACAUCACCUUCGAGGAAUUCCGCGCGCAUGCGCAGAAGAAGCCGGAGUACGCCAAGAUCUUCAUGGCGUGGCACGGUCGCCAGAAGGACUCUCAGGGAAAGGCCAAGGCCCAGUAGCGGCGGCGACCGCUCGAGGAGACAAUCUCGCCCGGCACGGCGGGCCGAGCGGCGCGUGCAGCGGCCGGCCCCGUCAGCUUCAAACCGGCGGCCACGUCCGUCCGCCCGAGCAGGUCCGGUCUGCCGGGGCGCUCCCGUGUCUCGCGUUGUUUUAGAUUUCGUCCGUGUGUGACGGCCGGGGAGAAGGGUUUGAAAUUAUUGAGAAAAGAUCUGGUGGGGCCGGGGGCGCUGCGCUCGGGUCCGCCCGGUGCCACCGCCCGGCGUCCACCGUCACCGAUUCCUGUGUCUCAGGAAGGCGGAGUCGUCUCAGCAGCUUUGUGCCGCCGGCAGUCUGGGUGCGGUCCGCAGCGUCGCGCGCUGCCGGCCCCCGGACGCUCCCCGCUUACCGCAUCCACACUUCACAGUUGCCUGGCCAACAAGGGUGCCAUGGGCUCGGGGCCGCGUGCCUCGAUGAGGCGGGCGUGAGCUCCGGUGCCCGUUUUAGCAUGAGAUUAGGUGGGUGCAGCUCCGUGUUUGUGUGCGUGUAUGUAGCUGCAGCUACAGGAUAUCUCCCCAACCCGUCGCACCCCGAGUGCGUGGCCCCGCGACUGGCCAGCUGGCUGGCUAGUCGAAUGGUCGGAGGCUCCCGCGCCAGUGAUUUCACGAUCUGCCACGUUAUUUAUUGACCUCAGACCAGCAGUGACCGCCCCCGCUGUGCGUGUUUGUGUUUUAAGUGGCGUCCGGCAGCCGCGGCUCGUCCUAGUCCGCCGCAGCCUGUCAACGCGCGCAGCAUCUAUCCAUAGUGACCUAAACCAGUACUUAAUAGGUGGCGCCGGCGGCGGUGGCUGACAGUCACUCUCAGCCGCCGUCGUGGCCGGCAGGAGUAUCUCAGAGGCGCGGCGUCGUCCGCGCCGCAUAAUUGAGUGAGUGGUGUCGUCGGUGGGGCUGUUCUCUUAAUGUUGCCAAUUUGCAAUACACGUGCAUUAUGGUACCGAUCA